GUUCCCUUUCCUCCGAGGCGGCUGCCUUGGCCGCCCGUUGCCAUGGUUCCUGGCCUUGACCUCUGCAUCACGGGAGGGGUGAUCGUCAGUGUCUGCUCCAGCCCUGGCCAGGCCUGACGGCUCCCUCUCCUCUCCAGGCUCAGAGGUCGAGUCUCGGCGCCCAGCUGACCCUCUGCGAGUAGGGCUUCUCAGCCUCAGGCACGUGUGUGAGGACUGACGCUGCUCAGAAGGCCAUGAGCGUGGUGGGAUUGGGGCAGGGGACCAGGAGCCAGCGGAGGAAGAAGGAGAAUUUUCAAGUCCUAGUGUGUCCAGAGUAUAUAUGUAAUGGGUUGGUGAUAUUUUUAGGAGCUUAUUAUGCAAAUAUUGUGUCAGGGGCCCACCUGUUGCAUAAAGCAAGGUACCCUCUUGCAUUACUCUGCAUGGGGUGGAUGUAAAUUGUACCAGGCUGCCUGAUGUCAUGUGGCCUGUGUUUUGGACCGUGGUACGUACCUAUGCUCCCUAUGUCACAUUUCCUGUGGCCUUCGUGGUCGGGGCUGUGGGCUACCACCUGGAAUGGUUCAUCCGGGGAAAGGAUCCCCAGCCUGUGGAGGAGGAGAAGAGCAUCUCAGAGCGCCGGGAAGACCGCAAGUUGGAUGAGCUGCUAGGCAAAGACCACACCCAGGUGGUGAGCCUCAAGGACAAGCUGGAAUUUGCCCCUAAAGCUGUCCUGAACAGAAACCGCCCAGAGAAGAACUAAUGGAGGAGACAGGGACAUAUGGGUCCUUCUGUUGGCUGUGACUGGUCUCGCCGCCAUGUUGACCCAGCAUCUAGAACCCACAUUACAUUUGCUUUGUUGCUUAUUCUGGCCCUUCCUGCCACGUACGUACUGGCUGCUCUUCUGUGGCCAGGCAGAUAUACUAGCAGCUGAGGGGCCAGUGAAGAGGAAGGCCUUGGAGGGUUUUGUCCUGCAGGCUGCAUCUGUUGUAUACUGGCCACAACUGCCCAGGCUUCUGCACUUCUGGGUACGCUGUUGGGAGGAGUGUUAUGAAAUGAACGUCGGCUGUCAGUCUCCAUGGGGAGGCAGUUUGGCCUCAAGCGGAACUAGCUGGGAUUGGGGUGUUUUCUUAGCAGGGAUACUACAUGUCUAGUUCCUGUUUGCAUGGGAAGAAUUCAAAAAUCUACCUGUCUCCCUUCACUAGUUUACCCUGUCCUUUGUGCUCACUCUUCCUGAAAUCCUGUCCUAUCAUCUCAGGAAGAGGAUUCCAGGGGGAAGGAGAGCAUUUUUCUGUUCUUGGAAGCCCAGGCUAUUCACCUUGAUGCAGGUGAAUUUGCUCAAAAACAAUCACCAUCUUUUACUCCCUAUCACUGUGUAGUGCAAAACUUCAUUAAAGUGGCAUCUGAGAA